AUGACCUCCAUCCCGAGGCCUGAGCUGCAUGCUCUGGUCAAGCUGGUAAACAGCAACCAGCUGCUCAACCGCCAGCUUUCCAGCAUCUGUCAGCUGAACGGUCUUACUAGCAGUGGCGUCAAGGCGUCGCUGCAAGGUCGCAUCGUCAAUGGUGAGCCGCCCCUCCUCCUAUUGCGCUCCUUCUUCCUUCUCCGCUGCUUCUUGCCGACUACGGCAUUCUGCAAACCUCUGUGUUUUCUCCCCAUCUUGAGAUCCACCCUGGCUGACUUCUUCCGCCUACUAGCGAUCCAAGAGGCCUUUAACAACAACGACGUGACUCGCUUUCAACAAAUCCAACGCAGCAUCGAGACCGCAAGAACCGGCGCCUCCUCUUCGCCCGCCUCCCACAAACAAGGCCGCCCUGCCGCAGCAACUACCCCCGUGCCCAUGUUGCGUCAAGAUCAACAAUACUGGGGGAACUCACGCACCGCUCGCCCCGGCGGCUCGAACGGCCUUGCCCUGCCUAGUCACGGAUCGGGUGGACCGUCCUUCAGCAACAGCCCAUUCUACGAGAUACAGUUUCGCGUCGGUAAUGUUCGGCCUUGCGAGGCAAUGACCCAGCACAGAAACAUGGUCUCUAUCCCGGUUCGAACCAGCGAGAACCCGGGAGUCGACAAGGUUCUCGAGGACAAGUCAUUACGCAUUAUGGUAUUCUGCGCUCAGAAUGACAGCGGCACCCAAGACAUCUCUUUCCCCCACCAGUCGGAAAUCAAGGUCAAUGGCACUGAGGUCAAGGCCAACCUCAGAGGCUUGAAGAACAAGCCGGGAUCGACAAGGCCAGUCGACGUCACAAGCUACCUGCGUCUGAAAAACGACUAUCGGAAUUUCGUUGAGUUCACUUAUGCGCUGACUCAAAAGAAAUUCUUCCUCGUUCUUUACGCUUGCAAGAUCACGUCGGCUCAGGAACUGGCAGAAAAGAUCAAGGUGGGAAAGAAGAUCCCAAAGCACAAGGUCAUUGAAGAGAUCAGCAGAAAGGCGGCGGACACGGAUAUUGUCACCACAUCGCAAGUCCUGUCAUUGAAAUGCCCUCUUUCCUAUAUGCGUCUCGAUGUCCCGUGCCGCUCAGUCAACUGCUCGCACAUUCAAUGCUUCGACGCAACGUCAUACCUUCAGCUGCAGGAACAAGGUCCCCAGUGGCUCUGCCCUAUUUGCAACAAGUCUGCGCCAUAUGAGCAGUUGGCUGUUGACGAAUAUGUCAGAGACAUCUUAGCAAACACAUCCAAAUCUCUGGAUCAGGUUACGAUCGAGCCUGACGGACAGUGGCGCGUGAAUUUGGCGCAAGACGAUGGAAAGCCCACCAAUGGCGGAAGCGGCCUGGUCGAUGAUGACGAUGAAGAUGAUUGGGGUAUUGUCGAGGUCAACCCUAUUCGCAGCCGCAACUUCGAAACACCCAACCGCUCAGUGGCCAGCACGGCCACUCCCACCACAACAAUCAUGUCACGUGAAAGCUCGGCAAUGCCGAGGGGUGUGGGCACGACCAGCGGCAAGCGUCUUCAUUCGGACAGGGUGACAAUAGACCUGACCCUAUCUGACGACGACGAACCCGUUGCGCCGCCCCCGAAGCGCCAACAAUUACAAGGGCCAGGAUCAUAUACCAACGGCUACGGUAGUGGAUUGCCGUACUAA